AUGGAAGAUAAUGCAUUCAUGGAACAUGAAGAAAUAGAGCCAACUGGUGUAAGACAGCCGUCUAAAAUCGGUUCCAUAUUUGCGAUCUUGAUGUUGAUGACAGUGAACAUUGCAAAAUGCGACGAAACAGAACGUAUUCUCUGCUCGCAGGGUAUAGUAACCAUAUAUCCCAAGACUACGCCUUUUGAAAUAUGUCUCAGCAACAAUUGCAGGACGUUCAACGAGAGUUUCGAAAGUCUUCAGUACGCACUCCGACCUUCUCCACAUCCCACUGAGUGGUUGAUAACGUUGCGAUCAGGAGACUUUUUGAGUCAGAGGUCAUGCGUACCUCCUCCAUACUGCAACACAGUUGCCAAUCUUUUCUCUAAAGCGCUCAUCGGCAAUCCGCACUGUUGGCCUGCUGGAGCAAUACUUUCGAUCGGGGUUUUCUGUUACGUCAUCAUUAGCCUCGUUCUACUCGUACUUUGGCUGAUUUUCCGCAAGAAGGAGCCAACUAAAACCGUAGUGGCUACCAGUACCAACAUUGUGCUCUCAACCACAUCAUCGAUGAGAGAAAAUAGACCGUUCUCGUUGGCAAACUUUCGACCCGCAUCACCAAGUUCGAUGGUGACGGUUCUUCUGGUAACAAUUCUCUUACUUGUCGCGUUAGGAUCGGCUUGUCAGGAUGGCUAUAUGAGACAUUCUGUCGAUAUAACUUGCUCCCAGCACAACGAAUGUCACUACGAGUACAAACGCGAGAUACUCUUCAAUAGUAUUCAAACGAGCCUUUGUGUACAGCUACGGCAUGAAAACAAAAGCGUCGGCAACAUCAAAAUAGAGCGUGUUUCGGAGCAUCUGACAUGUCAAAAAGUGUCUUACUUUUGGACAAGAGAAACGCGUUACCAAGUGGAUCGCGUAACACGUUGCCGUGGGAUGGGAUCAUGCAACCAUGAUACGUGUGAAUCUCUACAUCCCUCGGCAAUAAUUCCCGAAUUAAACGCUACUGCGCAAUACCCUGGUUACACAUACUGCUCCACACAGUGCAGUGGGGUUGACUGCAUAUGUUUGAUUCCGUGGUACAUUCCUCGAAGGGUAUGCACAUUCUUCCGCAUAUCCCAUAUACCAACAUCACAACGGGUAUACGAAAUCUUCGGAUGCGCUGCAUGGAGACCAAAAAUUACCCUGAAAAUCAGCAUAGAAAUGUACAACGCGAGAGAGAAUGGUACAAUUUCUCUAAUACCGUACCAAACAAAGGAAUUUGCGCAUUUUAAUUUCACGGUGAUAUCGACACAUACACCUGAACUCGGGCUCCACGAAAAGUAUGCGCAAACAGACAACGAAACACUCAUUGUCCCGAUAGAUCACAUCUUUGCCGUUACAUGCCUUACCUACGACAAAUCAAUCUCCAAUUUUUCCUUGUGCACCAAUGCGCGCUACUGUGAUUGUGACGCCACAGGUGUUACACCCAGCUGUCGGUGCCCGUAUAAUACUUUCGAACAGAAUUCGACGCAACAGCGAAUAUGUCUUGCCGCUGAUGACACCACACAUCACAAUAUCAAGCGCAUCUGGCAGCCUAUUCGCAGAAUACAACAAAGGGGAGACAACAGUAGCAAUCGUUUCCAACAGGAAAAUAGAAACUGCGCACUUGAGCGUCAACUCAAAUUGUGCGAUAAGCGCAAAAAAUUUGUCGGGGUGCUACAGUUGUAG